AUAAGGAAGUUAUUUUUUGACACCGCCCUGUGAACCUGAUGUGCGAAGUUGUGACACCGCCGAUACAUUCAAUUUUAUAUGUUGCUCAAAUAGUAAGAUCAAACGCGGUAGUAUGCUCUUUUAAUUCAAUAUAUUUAAGUAGACGAUGACAUCGAUAUCUCUUUACUCGCAGAGAGAUCCAAUGCUGAAGAAGAGGGAUGACUUCGAGGACAUGUUGGAGGAAAGGAGGAGCUCUAGUGACUUGAAAUAUGCCUUCAAAUGCUACACCCCAGUGCUCUACAAAGGAAUGCCACCAUGCAAAACCACUGUCCUUAAAAGCAUGGUUCUUCAUUCAGAUCAGCUGCGCUAUGUUAUUAAUCAGGUUUCUAAGGAGACCGGCGAGUCGGCUGGCGCCAUCCAAGAGGAAGCCUCAGCCAUCUUGGAGGAGAUGGCUCACCGCCUUCAACUCAGCACCGUCCGUUUCUUUGCCUUCGCACUCACCAAGGCCUUCAAAACCCUGUUUAGGAGCAUACAUGUCAAUGAAGAGGGCCUCCAGAGACUCCAGCAGGCCAUUCAGGAUCACCCAGUGGUCCUGCUGCCAAGUCAUCGUAGUUACAUGGACUUCCUGUUGAUGUCCUACAUCCUGUACACAUACGACCUGGCGCUGCCUGUCAUCGCCGCCGGCAUGGAUUUCAUGGGGAUGAAGUUUGUGGGGGAGAUGCUGCGCAUGUCCGGGGCCUUCUUCAUCCGGCGGUCCUUUGGCGGGGACAAGCUCUACUGGGCCGUGUUCUCAGAGUAUGUGAAGACCAUGCUCAGGAAUGGCAUGGCUCCAGUGGAGUUCUUCCUGGAAGGCACUAGAAGCAGAACAUGCAAGUCUCUGACUCCAAAGAUAGGGCUGCUCAACAUCGUCAUGGAGCCCUUCCUGAAAGGGGAGGUGUUUGACGUGAGCCUGGUGCCGGUGAGCAUCAGCUACGAGAGGAUCCUGGAGGAGUCCCUGUACGCCAGGGAGCUGCUGGGCGUGCCCAAACCAAAGGAGUCCACCUCGGGCCUGUUCAAAGCCAGGAAGGUGCUCAGCGAGGACUACGGCAGCAUCCACGUCUACUUCGGCCAUGCUGUGUCUGUCAGGACUCUGUCCGAGGGCAGGGUCGACCGCCGCCAGUUCAACCUGCAGCCACGGUUCAUCCCCAAGAAGCCCAGCGAGGACACCCAGGGCUUCGUCAGCGCCGUGGCCUACAGGCUGGUGCGCUCCCAGGAGGAGAACAUGGUGCUGAUGCCCUGGGUGCUGCUGGCCUCCCUGCUGCUCCAGGCACACUACCGGGGCCCACUACUGGAGCCCCACCGCCCCCAGGGGAUGACCCUGGAGGAGCUGACGCAGCGGGCGGUCUGGCUGCGAGGCCUGGUCAGGGGGCUCGGAGCCUUCCUCCACUGGCCCGAUGACAAGCCUCCGUCUGAGGUGGUCAGCGCCAGCCUGUCCCUGCAUCAGGGGCUGGUCAGAGUGUCGGAGGGCCGGGUCCGGCUGCUCCUGGAGGAACCAGCGGGGGGUCCCGGCCCCGCCUCCCCGGAGGAGAGGCUCCUGGGUGCAGCGGUGGCGGUGCUCUCCUGCGCCUCCUACAGGAACCAGGUGCUGCACGUCUUCCUCCGGCCCGCCCUGCUGGCCACCGCCGUGCACACCGCCUCGUCCGGCAAGAAGGGUGAGCCUCGCCCCGGAGUGUUGCCGUGUUGCCAUGUUACAGGGAGAGCUUCAUACGGCCCUUCCUACAAGGAAGUGUUCGAUACAUUCAGCUUCCUGAGAAACGUGCUCGCCAACGAAUUCAUCCUGUGUCCUGGUGCGGCUGUACAGGACUUUGAGGAGGCGUGCCAGCAGCUAGUGCAGAGCGGGGCACUGCAGGCGUCCCAGCAGCAGCUCACGGCCACGGACAGAGGAGAGCCCACCCUGGCCUUCCUCACGGCCAUGCUGGAGCCCUUCCUGCAGGGAUACCAGGUGGUCUGCAGGUACUUGUGUGAGGAGGCAAGCGAGAGUCUCACAGAAAAACUGUUUGUCCCUGCAGUUCGGAACUUCACUGUCAAACUUUUACUAGCAGGUAAUUUGCGGCACUGCGAGGCGCUGUCGUCUGACCUCCAGAAGAACGCCCUGGCUGCUCUGCUGCGGCUGGGCGCAGUGCGCAGGGUCAAUGGAGGAGAGCAAGUGACCUUGAAGGUGGACAGGAUGCUGCUGAACACCUUGGAAGACACUCUGGGAGGUAAAGUCCCCAGUCAGAAAGCGGUGCUGGCGCGCCUCUAGCUCCCCAGCCAGCGGGGGUCUCUGGGGACCCUGAAGCCUCCCUCCCCUCAUUAAGCCGAGUGGCACGCCUCCAAUGUGUGUUAGCGUGCUGGGCGGCCCCGUUGGAUCACCAAGGCAGCCUGCUCGCCGCUCUGUGUUGUCAAAGGGACUCCUCCGAAGAACCGCCAUCUGGGGAGAGACGGUGGAGAUGUUGUCUCCUGUUCUUUAUAUUUGUCACAGAGUGUUGUUUUUUUUGCAUAUUCACAUCCCUUCAGAUCAGUUUAGUGUUUUCCUGCGGCUUUAUUUCCUUUCAUGUCGGAGCUUCUCGAAGCGUUCUUGAAAGGUGCGGUGCUUGGAUUUUUAAGGCGCUGCAAAUUGAUAACCUCUUACCUUUUUUAUUUUAUUUUAUUAUUUAAUUUUUUAAAGCUGCCAACUUUUGAGAUAAGAGUUAUUCUCGGUUGAUAUAUUUGGUCGGGAUUUGUCGAGGUUUUUCAUUAGAUGCAAUUGGUGUUGUAUUUGUUAUUUUUUGUGUUUUGCUUCUGCCAAAAAUAGCUUUGUUUACUUAAUGCACUUUUGUUAUUUGUAUCUAAUAUAUAUUUGUGGGGUGGAUUUAUACAGUUUAAAAAAAAAAGAUGUUGAAAAAGGAGAUUAUUCAUACACUGUAAAACCCGUUACAGAAGAAAAUGCAUUUUUGUAUCAGUCAAACUCUUUGACAUUGACAUAGCUACAUGUGUAUCUAGUCAGAAUGGCCUGCUAACAAUUGCCUAACAUCAUAAAUCUUUUCAUGAAACAUUUCAUUAUGCCUGCUAAUAAAACAGCGACCAAAGAUAUGGUUGCAAUAGGGGCGAAUAAAGCAAAAUGUAUUUAUUUUUGUGUUUUGUAAGUUGAGGAAUAAUCAUGUUCACUCCCCUCAACUACUAAUGGAAGAACAGCUAGUCUGACCUGUUGUUCACCUUUUGUUCUAUAAAAGGAGCAAAAACUGUUUCUUUUCCAAUUUAAUAUGAAGUGCUAAACCUUAAAAACGAAUUGCCACACAUAAACACUGCCGCUGACACAUUGUAGACUAAUGUUGUGCUCGGUUCUGUUCUAUGAGGUUCACCGAUGGGAUUUGGUAGUUACUAAAGCUUUUUGUACUUUAUACUGGUUACAUAUUUUUCUAACAAAUGCCUAUAUAGAUAAUACACAAAACGUAUCCUGAAACUCUCAAACUCUACACUGUGGUUAUAAUAAAAUAAAAUAAAAUAUAUAUAUAUCGAUGUGUGUGUAUCUCACACACACACAUUCACAAGCCAACAAUGCAUUCAUGUACAAUUAACAUUCAAUCUUUCUUGCAAUAAUUGUGUUAGGUUUUUUGUUGGAAUCGAAAUGACUUGUGUUAUAGUUCAGAUACCAAGAAAUUAAACACAUCCAAAGAACCAGGUAAUUAGUGGGGCUAUGUCUGGGAGCGUUGUUAAAACUUACGGUUAAUCCUUGUCUGAGUGUUCUUCUCGUGUGUUUACUUGUGUCUGUGUCAAAGAUCAAUGGGAUGGGCCAAGGAGUGGAUGAAAUGAUGUAAAUAAAACUGUUUUUGAAAUGUUGA